AUGGCCACCAAACAGGCUCUCAUCUCUUCAUUCCUUAUUGCCCUCCUCCUCUGCCACAGCUCCGCCACAACUCUAAGCCAGUCUCCAGCCAAGGCCCCGCCUCAAGCACCGGCUGAAGCACCCGUCAAACCGGCUCAUCCACCGUCAUCCCCGGCAGCCACCGACAGUGCACCUCCAUUGUCAGACGUGCCCAUUGUUCAAGCGCCACCCCAUAAAGGUCGCAGCAGGAUCCCGACCGACGUCACACAAAUCCUCGAGAAAGUCGGCGGCUUCAGCGUCUUCAUCCGCCUCCUGAAGAGCACCGAAGUCCUUACUCAAGUUGAAAACCAGCUAAGCGCCUCCAACAGCUUAACAAUUUUGGCGCCGACAAACGACGCGUUCGCGAGUACUCUCAAGCCCGGAACUCUCAACACUCUCACCGACCAACAAAAAAUCCACCUCAUGCAGUAUCAUGUUCUUCCCACUUUCAUCUCUCUGGACAAAUUCCAAACUAUCAGCAACCCCGUCAGUACACAAGCCGCCAGUUCCUAUGACUAUCCCAUGGACAUUACCACCGAAGGAAACUGGGUGAACAUAUCGACCGGCAUUGUCAACGCCUCCAUUACUGCCACGGUUUUCGCAGAUGAUCAACUGGCGAUUUACCGUGUCGACAAAGUGCUGCUUCCCCUAGGCGUUUUCGCUCCGAGACCGAAGCUGCCAGCUCCGGCACCAUCACCGACAGCGAAGGCAAAGUCGUCUACUACCUCAUCGUCAUCGUCGACAUUGGACAGCGCAGACGACGAUACGAAAGCAGCAUCCGGUGCAUCUAGUGUUACCAGAACGUUGUCCACAGGAGUGUCUAUUGGUCUUGCUAUGGCUGUAGCAAUUCUUGUGUUGGAGUGA